AUGAGUGUAGAUAGAAUAGAAAUAUAUACACAACCAGACCAUCAUCAAAAAAGACAUUCAUCAGUUGAAGAAUCAGUAAGAGAAAAACUAGAAGAUUUAAUAGAAAAACAUCCAAUACUGGAAGAAGAAGAAGAAGAAGAAGAAACAGCAGUAGAAGAUGAUAGUCAAAACUCAGAAAAGGAAAAAUUAAAAUCAGCAGCAUUAGAAGAUAUAAAAAGAUCAAAUUAUACAGUACAUCCAGAACAAACUCCAACUUCAUCAGAUAGUGAAAGUGAAAGUGAGACGGAAGAAGUAGAUAUAGAUGGAUUUGAAAUACCUCAAGGUAAAAUACCAUUAGAUUCACAAUUUUCAACUGAUGAAUUAAAAGUUUUAUUACAAUUAGCUCAAAAUGAAGGUAUACUUAAGGAAGAUGUAGAUAUGAAAAUUUUAGAACAUGGUGAAUUGGGUGAUAGAAUUAGAAUUGCUGAUCAUAAAAUUACAGAAAAUUCAUUGAAUGGAAAAGAAAAUGAAAAUGAGAAUAAGAAAGACGAGUCUGAAUCAAAACAGGCGUCAAAUUAA